AUGAAGUUACUAUUCGUUUUAUUUAGUGUAGCCUUUUGCACAUUAAAGCUGGAUUCAAGCCAAUUUAUUCAAACUUCAGAAUCAAGCUUUGAUCAAUUCGAUGGGACUAUGACAGUUAGCGAAGACACUUAUGAUGUUGAAUGCGACUGUUCUGAGCUGGGAAUGGUCGAAAUAGAAGAAGCGAAAUGCCAUCCCAGCAAAAUCAAACUAACUCAAGACAGAGAAGGAACUGGCUCCACCUAUGAAGAAAUCAACGAAAAGCUCUCAGGCUAUGGCAAUUUUUCGUAUGCCCGCAUUACUCACAGUGCUUUUCGAUGUCUAGAUGGAAGAAUUGUUGAUGAUAUUUUAGGAACUCCUGGAGGCGAUGCAGGAGAAUUUGUGUUAGGGCUGCUUGUGUAUCAAGAUUUAGCUGGAGUGAGUUACACUCAAGAAGAUAUUGAUGAGUAUUUUGAAAAAUGGUUAAAAUGCAUGGAUCCGGACCAGUUUUAUAUGUGCACAGAUCAGGCUGCCAUUGAUCAUGUAAUGAAAGAGCUUGCUAUUGAUGAACUUGACGGCUCCAUGUCAAAUGACCGCGGAAAUUUGAUAGUGCGACAUCUCAUAGGGGAAACUUUGUUCGAAUCAUUUUUGAUAGUGAGACAUUUGACCGAAAAAAACCGUCAAAUUUCGGCCAAAUCGAUACACUAUUUAAAAAUUUUCGAUCAAAAGUACUUCGGUAAAAUGGACACUAUCAAAAAGGCAAAGUCAUUUGACCUGCACCCGAACUUGACAUAUAUAAUCCUGACCCAGAAAUCCAAGAUAAGCUGCUAGACGCACUGGUGGAUCCAAAUAAUAUAGGUGAUACACAUUUAAAGCUGCUGGUGGAGUCGCCUCAUCUAUAUUCGAUACAAAAUGACGCAGUGAAAUAUUUUAUUAGGUCUUUUUAUCAGACAUUGUGGGACACAGAAAGUCCGCUCUACGAAUUGCUUUAUUUGGAUAUAUUGGAAGGAUCACAUGCCGAAACAGCCUUUCUGGAAAUUAAAACAAAUGAACAGUGCUUACUAGAUCAAGUCGCACCUUUGGUAGCCCCCAUGGAAAGUGAAGAUGAUACGAUGUCAGUGCUUAUCAACCACUUAGAUUCUGUCAAUAUUAGAAGAGGACAAACUGCUGAAUUUUUCGUUAAUAAAGUCGCCCAAAAUACCACAAGUAAGCUUACUGUGAAAACAAUGUACAGCAGACUCAAACAUCAUGGGAUGCUCUUUCUAGAUGUCACUGGUGAGCAUAUUGCUAAAGACCUACCGUUUUAUACAGCAAGCUUCGUUUAA